UAAAGCAGUGAACACACCAAGUCGGAAGGACAACUUCCAAACUCGGAAACUGAGAUCAUUCGAGGUGCACAAUCGUUUUUUUCCUAUAUGCGUAAAAAGCACAACCUUAAUUAUCUUUAUAGUUAGACUACAAUAUAUGCAAAACGACCUUCAUCUUACAUGUUAUCACAAUGUGGUUGUCUGCUGUUGAUAGUAGCCUAAUCAACCUUAAAAGGUCGAUAAUUAGUCACUGUCUGUCGUCUUCACCAAAUACCAACAGCUCCUGAGAAUGGGACAUAGCCUACACACUGACUUACUCACAAACAUACACACACACCAGCCUAGUGACGCGCUGUGAGCCUCGGGUCCUCCCUCCUGCUCUUCACAUGAUCUCUAAGCCUUCACAGAGGAGAGAGACGGGAAUGUGGAGAGGAGCGUCAACAACGAUGGCUGAGCGGAGUCACGGUCUCUGCAUUAUACGUUUACUUUACUCUGUUGCUGUCUGGAUGACAUUCCUCCACCGCACAUGUGGAAUUCCCUGGACACAAGAAAAGUUCCAUCACAGAGCUCUAACUCUAACUCAAGAUGAAGUCCAGACCGCCCUGUCUCACACGGACCUAAACCAGAUGUGGCAGAGGGACCUGAAGCCGCUGCUGGUUACCAGGUACCCAGGCUCUGCAGGCAGCCUGGCUGUGCAAGAGCAUAUUAAAACAACCCUUGGUUCCCUCGGAGCAGGCUGGGAAGUAACAGAGGACAAAUUUAUGUCAGUGACACCCUAUGGCCAAUUGCCUUUCACAAACAUAAUAGCCACCCUGAAUCCAUCAGCCAAGCGCCGCCUGGUUCUGGCCUGUCACUAUGACUCCAAGUAUUACCCACCACAGUUCCACGGUUUGGAGUUCCAAGGUGCCACCGACUCUGCUGUACCCUGCGCCAUGAUUCUGGAGCUGGCACGCGCCCUGGACACAGAACUGACAGCACAGAAGAGCUCCAGUUCGGACCUGACCCUGCAGUUGCUUUUUUUUGAUGGGGAGGAGGCUCUCUUCCAGUGGUCUGCUACAGACUCCCUGUAUGGCUCUCGCCACCUGGCUCAGAAGAUGGAGAACACCCCUCAUCCAGCCGGAGCCACAGACACCAACCAACUACACGGCAUAGACCUGUUUAUGUUGUUGGACCUGAUCGGGGCGCCUAGCCCUCGCUUUGGAAACCAAUUCCCCAGCACAGCUAAGUGGCUCACCAGACUGCAGAAAAUAGAAAAGCUUCUCCACUCCAUGAACCAGCUUGUUGAUCACCCUGACAUGGUGGAAUAUUUCUGGCCUAAUCACCCUAUUGGCCAAAUACAAGAUGAUCACCUACCAUUCCUAAACAAAUCUGUACGUGUCCUUCACCUCAUCCCCUACCCGUUCCCAUCUGUGUGGCACACGUUUGAUGACAAUGAGCAUAACCUGGAUCGCUCCACCAUUCAGAACCUCAACAAAAUCCUGCAGGUUUUUGUUCUGGAGUACCUCAAUGCCAGACCCACUGUCACUUCAAACCCACAGAAUGCCCCUUAAAAGAAGGACACCAAAAUACAGCUUUCUUUUCCAUUUAAAUGUUCCAGUGUAAAUAUCUCAAGCUGUUAUUUUACAGACUGAAACAAUCACUGGUAAAAUGUUUAAUCCUGGACCAUAUAUCGGAUUUCUAAGGUUAAGACACAACUCUAAAAACAACAGAAUAGAGUCAACUGUGAAACAUACAGAGCAUAUGUUGACAAAAUGUUGUAGGGACAUGAUGAUUACAUAAAUAUCUGUGAAAUUCACAUGAGACGUGGAUACUAAGAAGCUUCAUUUGCUUUUCAACCCUUAGUCUCCAGCAACAAGAUCUAGACACAGGGUCUCCUGUGUGUCUUUAAACUACACUGCUCUCUUUCUAUCAGCCUUAGUCCCCUCAUUUACACUGUGAGGAUGCUGUAGUGCGAGUGAAAAUGUCUUGGAUUUGGUAGAAGGGAAAUGGGCAGACUUGAGGGGAUGAAAGACUUUGAGCGUUUAAAGUGCUUUGAAAUCCAUAUUCUGUCAAUUUCUCUCGCAGUGUUGGAAUACUCUUACUCAUUGCAAGUCCAAAGCUGCUGUUUUUUCUUUCUUAAUUUCUUCAAGGAUAACUAAAGCCUAAAUAUACUUCCUGAUUGUCAUGUUACAACAACCAAAAACAUUGAUCAUUUAUGAUGUAUGAUAUAUAUAUAUAUAUAUAUAUAUA